AUGGACUACAGCGAUCCCACGAAGUUCAUGGACGUCAGGCAGUACAUGCGGCCGAAGGAACAACUCGUGGCCAUGGGCUUCCCCGAGGGCGCCGCCGAGGCGACGCUCGCCGCUCACGGCGGCGACGUCGAGGCCGCCGCCAACGCGCUCGCCGCGGCAGCGCCGGCCGCGGCGCCCGCGGCGGCGUCUCUGGCAGCGCCACCAGCGCCGCCGCCGCCGGACGUGGACACGAAGGCGCCGCGGCCGCGCAACGUGCUCAUGGCCGAGUUCGAGGGCCUGAGCAAGGCGGACGCCUCGCAAGCGCUCCGCGACGCCGGCGGCGACCUCGACAGGGCGCGGGCGCAAACGCAGAAGCGCCGCGCCGCCGAGGACGGCGGACCUCCUGCAAAGCGCGCCCGGGCCGCGUCGCCGGCGCCGGCCGCGCCGACGGGCCGGCAGAAGCGCGCCGCCGCGCCGGCGGACCACGCUCCGCCGCAGAAGCGCGCGCGCUCCGCGUCGCCGGCGCCGGCCGCGCCGCGGCCCGUCGACGCCGCGACGUCGGCCUACCAGCUGGCGCUCCGCGACGCCGUCAAUGCCGCCCUCGCGGCCGUCGCCGCGGACGGCAAGGACCUCUUCGUCGGCGCGGCGCGCGCGGCCCUCGAGCGCGUCGCUUCGUUGGACGAAGCCAGCCGGCACGUCCUGGCGCGGCUCCUCUUCGUGACGGGGCCCUGGCACCCGGUUCAAGGGAGCCGCGCGUCGGUCGAGAGCUACGCCGGCGGCGACGCCACCGCCGUAAUUACGACACUCACGCGCGCCGGCGCGCUCGUCCCGCUGACGGCGGAGAGCCCGCUCACGGACGCGGCCGAGGCGCUGCCGGCGCUCGUCGGCGACGAGGUGAAGCGCGUGUACAUGGCGCUCAAGGAGUCCGCGCCGGACGCCUGGAAGGCCGCGAAGAAGCGGCACAAGGGCUCGUCGAAGGAGGUGCACGUCGCCGUGGUGCGCGCCGUCGCGGCCGGGCUCGAGGACGCGACGGCGCUCUCCUUUUUAGUCGCCGACGAGAGGGCCCUCGUGCGCGUCGACCGCGAAACGGAGACGGCGCUCCUGCGCGCGCUGCGCUUCUCGGAGCGGCGCGUCGGGCUGCUGGGGCGACCGGCGCCGCACACGCGCCGGCUCCAGGCCGUGCUCCAGCCGCCCCACCUGCGGUCGGCCGAGGCGCAGCCGCCGGUCGGGACGCCGCUCUUCCGCACGCGGCGCCACUUCGAGCGCACGGAGGGCGUCGCGGGCCUCGCGCACGCCGCUGGCAUCGCCGCGGCCAUCGCGAACGGCGACGCCUGGGGCGACGACGUCCUCGACCUUCUCGUCGUCUACGAGAAGUGCGACGCGCCGGCGGCGCUGGCCGCGUUCCAGCGGCCGAGCUCGCUCGACCCGGCGUCGGAGGCCCUCGGCGUUGUUGUCGAGGAGGCGACGGUGUCGCGGACGCUCUGCGCGAAGCCCGACGAGCACGCGGCCGUCGAGACGCUCCAGAAGGCCUGCGCCGAGCGCAAGAAGGCCUGCGCCGCGCUCGAGAAGGCCGAGAAGGGCGGCGACGAUGCGGCCGCGGAGGCGGCGCGCGACCGCAAGGACGCGGCGACGGAGGCCGUGAAGGAGGCCCUGGUGCCGGUCGCGGCGGCCGCGCGCAAGGUCGCGGAAGCACUGGCGGCGGCGUGCCUCGGCCUCCUCGACCAGAACGCGGCGGACGCGAACUACGUCGCCUCGCUGCCCUCGUGGCUCCAGGGCUUCGACGCGGGCAAUCGCCUCGCGGGCGCCGCGUGGCACGGCGUCGGCUUCCUCCAGAAGGACAAGAAGUACGCCGAGGCGAACGAGGUCCUGCGAGCGCUCAUGAAGCACGGCUACCGGCGCGCCGCGUGCCACGAGCGGCUCCUGAUCAACCUGAAGCACCUGGGUCUCAAGGACACCGUCGAAUGGACGCAGGCGCUCGCGGACGCGCGGCGCGACUGCGGCAAGGGCACCGUCGCGCUCUGGAAGGUCGAGGCGACGGCCGGCGAUAAAAAGUGGCGCGCGCCGAAGGAGGGCAAGCGCAUCCACAAGGGCGCCGUCGCCCGCGUCGGCGAGGUCGGCAGCCGGCUGCUCUUCGCCGUCGACGACGACGACGAUGAUGUGGUCGAGGUCGACGCCGCCGGCGCCCCUACGAAUCCGCGGCUCGAGCUCGUCGAGAGCGUCGCCGGCCGCGCGGCGGGCAAGGAGGGCUGGAGCUCGUGGCACGACGAGGGAGCUACAUUAAGGACGGUGGCCUACCUGCUCCUGUGGGACCAGGCGCGCGCGCCCGUCGCCGACGCGUUCUUCGCGCCGUUUCAGGCCGCGCCGUGCGACUGGGGCACGCUCGACUUUUACGAGCGGCGCAAGGCGUCGAUGGACGCGAGGCUGGCGCAAGUCGCCGCGGCCUCGCCGACGGCGCUCGCGGCGCUCGUGCGCGAGGCCUUCGACGCGCAUUACGGGGAGGUCGGCCUGGUGCCCUGGCGCGGGCGCGAGGCCGUCGCGCGGCUGCAGAUCACGGCCGCGUGCUUUGGCGGCAAGGCCGUCGCCGGUAUUGCGAUGCAUUUGGCGGUGACGGGGCUGCGGAGUGGCAUGCCCGACAACACGAUGGUCCGCGUGACGACGCCGGCCGGCGAGCACAUCAAGCUCGAGAAUUGGCCGCUCGCCGACGACGCGGGAGCGACGGUGCGCGUCGCCGUCGCGCAGACGCAAUUGCAGCAUUGUGUGCAAGGCGCUUCUGGUCUGGAAGACGGCGCGGCGCUGGAGCUGCGCCUCGAGCCGAACCGGCGCGGGCCGAGCCACGGCCCGUUCAAGGGUUUGGCGUUCGCGGUCCACGACGCAGCGACGGGCGACCAGUGCGGCUACGUGCAGAACGCCGACAUGGACCGCGUCCGCGCGCCGUCGACGUCAAUCGUCGCGGGCACGGCGAUUAGGGGAGACGGCGGCUGGCUGAUCGAGGCGCCGGCGCCGGCGCCGCGCCACGUCGUCGUGCCCGCGGACUGGACCUACGAAGGGAAAGUGGAGGAGGUCAAGUCGAAGAACGACUCGCUCUGGGCCGAGCAGCGCAUGUGGAUCCGGGCCUGCACCGAAACGGACUACGACAUCGGCUACAAGAACCCCUACCUCUUCGAGGACGACGGCGAGGGCGGGUUGAUCGGCACGGUGGACAUCUCUACCACCAAAGUCGCGGAGAGGGGCGGCCGGAAGAAGGGCGUCGCGGGGGGGCACGUCGGUAUGGAGGUGGACCCCGUCGUGGCCGAGGACUAA